GACAGGCGUCAGCGUGUCACGUGGUCAACGUGUUUCCACGUGCUCUGAGCGUCACCUCUUAAACAGACGCAGCCGGGUUGCUUGGAGCAGUGUCUGUUGUUGUUGUUGUAGCCAACGUUAUUUACAGCCGCGGUGCCUCCUAUCCCCCAGUCGGCUCUGCUGACUUCUCAGACCGGUGAUUAGCUUAUAGACAACUCUGACAGACAGCUAACCACACACAGCAACACUGUUUGUGGUCCCCAAGACACAGCUAGCAUUAGCUAGCGGACCCCAUAGCAGCGGAGCUAGCAGGCUAGUUGCGUAGCAGUGAUGGAGUGGCUGGGUAACGGAGCUCCAGUGUACAGCGAUGAAGAGUCGAGCAGUGACCCAGCUUCAGCAGCUAACGGCUUCAGCGGUGUUUAUCCUCACCAGCAGUCGUCAUCAUCAUUGCACCGUUGUGAUUGUCCCAUGGCGUCAUUGUGCCAGAGCCAGCAGCGCUGUGUGAAGGCCUCCAUCGUCUCCAGCUGGAGGCUGGCUGAGGCCCAGGACCAGCUAUGCUCCCUAGGCGUCCACAGCUCCGAGUCCCUGGAGCAGGAACGUGCGCGGACUCUGGCCUGCCCCACCGAACUCACACACAUUGAGGAGGAGUGGCGCCGCAAGGAGAGCAUGCUGGGAAGUCAGGGACCCAGCCGCAGUCCUGUGCUUGGAGCUGUCGGAAGUUGGGACGUUUUUGAUAAGAGUAUCAUUAAUGUCCAAAGUCAACCUGUGGAAAUGGAGCAGGACAAAUGCAAGACGUUUCUCCAGAAAUAUGACCAAGAGCUCAGGCAUUUUGGUAUGUUGCAUAGAUGGGACGACAGUCAGCGGUUCCUUGCAGAGAGGCCUCAGCUCAUCUGCGAGGAAACGGCCAACUACUUAAUUCUGUGGUGCAUGAGACUACAACAAGAAGGGAAAGAAGCGCUGAUGGAGCAGGUGGCACACCAAGCUGUAGUCAUGCAGUUCAUCUUGGAGAUGGCCUCGAACUCUCAGCAGGAUCCUCGAGGCUGUUUCAGACAGUUCUUCCACAAAGCCAAAGAAGGACAAGACGUCUACCUAGAAGUCUUCCAUACAGAGCUCGAGGCCUUCAAACACAGAGUGAAAGAAUACGCAGUCAAGUCUAGAAGUGAUGCACCUAUUAACAUUGAACAACAGAAAAUUGGCACAAACUGUAGACUCGAGCCCAAAGAAGCCCUGGCCUCUUUACCUCAAGUGGCAGAGUAUCCUAUGAAGCGUUGUUUAGAGGCUGGACUGUGGACAAGCUCAGGGAGGUGGACAAAGGACGACGCUACAGAAACGGACGAUAUACGCAUGAUGGAGACCUCCUAGGGAUUGUAGGAUCGGCCUCUGCUUUUUCCUUCAUCUCCAUCGCCUCCCCAUUUAGGAACCACCUAAGCAGGCCUGGCUGAAACACACCAGUACAGAGCAGGAAUAAAAGCAGACGUGAUCGGUCUCUUACGCUGCAGGAAAGAAUGUUUUACCGAUGACUUAUUUCUCAGUGUUUGAUUUUAUGCCGCUGUGGUUGGCCACUGAUGAGUUGGUUCCUGCGGUGUCCCUCGCCAGCUAAAUGCAUGUGUUGUGCCAUAACGCUGGUUUUACAGAUGGAGUUCUUUUAUCCUUCAAGCCUGUUCCUUUUUAUUUCUCCUGAAAAACAUAAGCAAAAUCCAGACAACACAACGAAUACUAAACCAAGUGUUUGGGUGGUAAAGUACCAAAUCCAAUGCCCGAGGUAGGACUCAGGUCGGUGGACGUCUGAGGAGUAUCGUUAUUGCUGCUUGAAAUUAAUCAUAAGACACAUUACUGACAAAUCAGUGGCUUUGUAUCCUGUUUGUGGUUCAAAUUUUGGUUAAUGGUGAACAUUUUAUUGAAAUGGCCAACAAGACGAGAUGGCCUGCUAUACUGUGCUUGACAUUUGUUAAGGCAAAGUUUCUUAAAGUAACAUUUAACUAACUGAUCAUGUGGCAGUAUACAGUAACUACUGUAAACAGAGAGACGGUGGUCGUGCGGUGGAUGUGAUCUGUUGAAUUUUUUUUAAAGACAUCUAUCGCCUCACAUGUUUUUAUUAUUUUUUCUUUGAGUUGCUAAAAGCUAAACUAUAAACUCAUGAGCAAAGAGCAGCUUGUCUGUGUUUUAUAGCCUAAUGUCUGAAUCUGUAAUGAAUACAGAGAGCACAAAUGCAGCUGAGGUUACUUGGGUUUGUGUUUUCUUUAGCAUUUAAAGGGUGACUUAAGUGUUUUUCAACCUAGACCAUAUUGUUCCAUGUUUUUGUGUUUGAGGGAUUAAAGUUUUUUAAAUUGGUCUAGUACUGAGCGAGACAGGCUGCAAUGUAACCACUUCACAGUUUAGCUCACACAGAAAGCGUUUUAGCAGCUAGCGACGUUUUUGUAAUUGUUUUUAAUGACUGAAGCUUUUUGCUCAGUUUUUGUGUUGCACCGCGCCUUGCGUUUCUGCACUCUAAGCACUUGGUGUUUUUGCCGGAGCGCUCUGAACUCCUCAAAUUGAAAAAAGCAGAAAAGCACCCCACGUCAUUCUUUUUUUCGUCUUCAUUUUUCCCAUUGUCCAAGCACGACAAGUUUACAGUUGGUACACAAUGGAGGAGAAACUGGUGGAUAAAGAGAGCUAUACGCCCCGAUGAUAGACAGCAGGUUGUCAGACUGCCCCCCCAGUCAUCCUAAAAUAUGCCUGGAAACGGCCAUCAUCGAGGAGAAGCUCCUGAACCAACUGGUGGUACUCCCCAUGAUCCACCCUUUUUUUUUUUUUUUAGAGUCUCAUGUACCCACACAGAUCUCCGUUUCCGUAUUUGCUGACAGCUUCUCACCCUCAACCAGAGCUACAGCAAGUACCCUCUGCCUGAACAUUUUAGGAACUAGAUACUAAUUACUGUGAAGAAAAAAAAAAUAAAGACGGUAGAUUUAUUCAUUACACAGAAAGGUUAGUGUAAGGACGUGAUGGGGUGGUUGCCUGGCAACAGUUAAAAGAUGCAGCAAGUGUUUUUUUUAUUAGUGGCAUUCAGCUAAAGAAAAACAAAAGCAGUGUGGUGGGUCUCGCAUUUUGCAACCUGGGCCUCAAAGUGCUUUUUUUUAUUUGCCACUGACAGCCUCUGAUUAUUUCUUUAGGUGUCUGACAGCUUAUGGAAAGGGUCCCUACAGAGAUAGACCUUUUUGUUUAAGAGUAAAAUCCUUUUUGUUUUACCAGAAACCGCUCCGAAAUCAGUAUCCCCAAACCCACCAGACUUUUUUAAAUAAUCAAUAAUUUUAUGGUAGUAAAACACACUUCAUUCAAAGUCGACCGUAACAAAAAACCUACUUGGUUUGUCUUUCCAUUGUUUCAACAAUCACCAACUCUGGUUUGGUUGAAUUAAACCCGUAAUUCACGCAGUUAGAUGUGAAAAUAUGCCGCCUCUAUACACGCUAAAAUUACUGUUAAUUUAAAUGGAGUCUGGUGGGUUUUGUCUGUAGCGAUUUUGGGGCUCUUUCUGGUUCAACAAAAAGGAUUUUACUCUUUAACAAAAAGGUCUGCCUUUGUAGGGAUCAUUUCCACAGUGCUGUUGGACACUUUGAAUAAUCUGAGCCUGUCAGUGGCAAAAACAAGAACUUUUAGUGUACGUAAUUGACGAGUGCGAACAUGUUCAAGUGUUUACAUCGCAGCCUGUUCCGCAGUCUCACUCAAUACUGGACCUGUUUCAAAAAGUUUUGUUCCCAUUAGUAACUUGGACUGAAAAGCUUUGGAAAGAGGUUCCAGGUUCAGUUACACAUUAUAACCCAUCAGGCCAGAAUCAAAUUACAGUCUAGGAGUAAAAAACAAGGUCAGAUUCACCCUGCGUGCGGGCCUUGGCUUUUACAGCUUUCAGUCUCACAACUGAUGGAUGUAUGGAGCUGUGUACAACCCACAGGUCUCUCAGGCUCAUUAUCAGGAGAGGAUUAAUAAUGCAGUGUGUGGGCAGCUCAGUUAGUUGACUCAGAGUUUUCCAACAUGAGCAGACAACAGGGAUGCUUCAAGAUGGUAGCUUAUGGUGCAAAUAUUGGCAUUUAUCACACAUUAUCGUGUCAUUACCUUACUGUUACCACUCUGUGUUUUACUGGAAAGGCCAUCAAGAGCUGCCUCUCUUGUUGCUUGAAGUCAAUAAAAAUGAAUGGUUAUCUUUGAACAGUAACAGCAGGUUGAUAGAUAUACGAAGGUCAGAGCAUGUGAUAGUUUCAGGAGUGGUACAGUUCAUGUAAUGUAUGUGCUUCUUGAAAGAUGGCACAAGAGUCAUGUUAAAGGAGCUCUACAUGAUAUUCAGAGCACAUCUGUGAUUGAGAGUCUAAGCCGGGAUUGCCCGCACAUGGCUCUCGGCACAGAGGUGGCUGAGCCGGCAGCUAGCAGCUAAGGGUGCUAAUAGCGCAAACAGUGCUAACAACAGCAACAGGAGGGCUGGGUAUACCAGUACCCUUACAGUGAUACUGAUACAAACAGAGUGCUUCAUUUGAUACCCUUUAUAUUGACUACCCAUCAGGUGAAUGGAAUCAUUCAGUUGUGUAAAACGCCACCAGAUGCUAUAGGUGUGUCGUAUAGUCAUACUUUUGCACGCUCAACUGCAAACUCUGUCAAACACACGGCGGUUAAUUUCAUCACACCACAGACUGUAUGGGUUGUAGCUGCUGUGGUAGUGGGCCAAUCACAUGUUGUGUUAAACUGAAGAAUGCUUGCAGUGAUUGGCUGUGAGCAGAUUUGGGUAAACAAAAAGUAUCGGAUGCUGGUAUCGUUUAACUGGAGAAGCUUUGGUGCUACUUGGCACUGGGUAACUUUGUUGAUACUUUAAAGAUAUCAAGUACAGUUACCCAGCUCUAAGUAACAGUGCUGACAGAGCUAACAGUGUUAAUCUUGGGGGGGACUGGAGGGUGUGCGUUAGGCUUCCGCAACAAUGAUAUUAUGGAUAGCGCUAUUUGCGGUAACUGGCCUUUGAGCGCAGUGCAGGGACUCACAUGCUCUUAAUAUUCAUGUACGGCCGGGCCGUCUUUGACAACAAAGAACAGAGAAGCUUUCUCUGCUCAGGACGCCAUUACUCCACUGUAUCUUCUUUUUAUAUGAUGCUCUGAAUAUCAUAUACAGCUCCUUUUCGGUUCUCUAAAAAACAAAAAGUAUUCCUAGUGUUGUCUGGAGAGGCUUAAAGUAGCCAUUAAAGUGCGCAAGUAAUCCGACUACCUCCUUUACAUCUGCCAUUGACAUGCAUCUUUGACGUUCAGAUUUCAUGUAUCUGUGCACACACGAAUCCACCAAGUAUACAUAAUGCAUUGCCUACUGGAGAAUCAGUUGAAAUCACGUACAAUAACAGAGGAUGACAGCAAUUGUUCACUUGGUUGCUCGUAUUGUCCUCUGGGACAGAAACAAUUCAGCCUUUCAGAGCAAUAGUCAAUUGCUCAUUGAUUUAAGCUUCUUAACACAAGACAAAGACGAGUAAUAAGCUAAAGACGGCAGUGCAUGCUUUGUAGGACGUAAAACAAUUUAACAGAUCAGCGUUUAUUAACAUGACAAAGCACUUUUGAUGCUGACACACAUUUUAGAGGCACAGUCAGCUCAAUUUUAUGAGGAUAUUUAAGACAAUCUGGGUGUCGAGUGUAAAUGUGAAUUCCAUAGCCAGGUGUUAUCUGGGGGCAAGAGGCAUGGUAAUGUAAGGUGUAAGGAGGACGCUUCGUUUGUCAGUUUGGUUGGUUAUUAUUCAUCACCUGAAUUAUGCUCCUCCUCCUCGUCCUAUGUUUAUUUUAUCAGCUAUUUUAUCAGGCAUUCACACUAUCAAAGCCUCAAAGCUUGAAUGGGCUUUCUGUAUUUAUUGUCUCUGGUUUUUCUCAACCAGCUUCUCGCCAUCUGUACUGAACCACAACUGUCAGUUUACUCAAACAAGUGCUCUGUAGAAGAUAAAGUUCACAGUUCCUGGCUCUACAUCUGAGAACGAGAUGAAAAGCACCAGUAUGGAGGGGAGGGGAAAAAGGGCUGAACGCUCCACAAAGACACUUUCACCGUUUGUUCGCAGAAGGGAACUCUCUGCAUCUGAAUGUGUCCUGCACUUUAUAUUUCUCCGAGAGGUCGAAGUCGAGUGUUUGAAGCCCUUGACUUUGUUAUUCUUCCCCUUACCGUAUUUUGAAUUUGUCCUUUUUUUUGUUGUGUUCCCAGUCAUCUAGAAUUUAAUCACGAAUUCUGUACAUUUUAAGUUACAAGCAGACUUUAGACGAGCUUGUGUUUUGAAUCGUGUGACAUUUUUUGUUUUAUUUCAUGUAUUCUGUUUGCUGACUUUUUUUUGUCGAUCAAAUUCAAGGGAGCGUUUGCCAGAUUUCACAGGCUUCCAGUUAACUGUCCCCACGAUAAUAAUCUCCUUUAUUUAACAGCCAGCCAAAAUCAGUGUGAAAAUCUGCUGAGUGACACAAUCAGUGAGAUUCCUACUGCAGACUGUGGAAUUAAAGACACCAUACGAUGCAUUAAAGUACAAUACGUGUGUUUAUGACUUAAAGCUACUGUAUGAUACGUUGUUGUUUCUGCAGUGUAGCUGUUAUUUCGCAGAUUUUCUGUGUGGUAUGUUUGCAGUGCUGGUGUGGGGGCAGUGCACAUAUAACGAGUAUCUUGAAUACUGUAAACAAAGGCAGAUGUGUUCUAAGCAGUGACGCUAAAACAAUGUGCUGUGGUGGUUUUAAAGGGAUAGUUCAGAUUUUUUAAAGUGUAAUUGUAUGCUGUACCUAUCUAUAGUCAGUGUAUAGUCAGUAGAUGGCGGUCAGCACGCCCCCAGAUGGAGAUGCAGGCAUGAUUGCCACCUAAAAAAAUCAAUAUCAGUUUAAGUGUAUGCUAUAUUUAGAGUAUUUUCACCACUUUACCUAGCUGUCAGACCGCCAUUAUCGAUCACUCUCUUUAUCGCUCUCUACAUGCCAGACUCCAAUGAGAAAAACAGUAAUUUAACAUGGCUGAACACAGGAGCUGUUUGUCUAUAUCCGCCUCAAUCAGAUAGUUUGUUUGUGUUGUUGUGUGACUCUGGCGUUUAAAACAGUUAGUUGGGAUUAGCAGAAGUCACACAAUAACACGAACAAACCAAUAAAUUGAGGCAGUGGUAGACCAGCAGCUCCUGUGUUCAGUGAGGUAAAAUUAAUUAAAUUAAUUAAUUAAUAAAAAUUAAUUUUUCUCAAUGGAGUCUGGCUGUGAAGACAGCAUAGAUGGGAACUGAAGCUGCCAGCAAGGUUAAGUGACAAAUACAUUGAAUAUAGGCACAUUUUUUUAGGUGGCCUAAGUACAUUUUACUCUUGCCACCGUCCAAAGCAGAGCACUGCUUAGCGUCUGUGGCAGUACUCCUGUCUGCUUCUCCAAACUAAGGGCGUACCAGUCGUCAGUAGUUAAUACCUUGACUUUUGAUAAGUACCAUAUACAAUCACAUUUCUAAAGAUCCGUUCCUUUUAAUGUGUUUCUUUGUCUUUCUUUUUUUGUCCACAGUGACUUAUCAACUAUGCAAAAAUAUUGUAUGGCUUAAGCUGUUGUCCUAAACCUGUGGCCAGUGCCCAUGGUGUCGGAACGUCCUAAAUUAUCUAAAGAUAUCACAGGAUUUGUGAGUGUAAGACUGUCACUAAGCUAUGAGCUUUAGGAAAACAAUAUACUUCUCGUUCACAGUGAGCUACUGUAAGAUUUGGCUUCUCUUGCUGCUGCUGUGAGAAAACUGAAAUAUAAAACAA